AUGGAUAUUGGAUGCACUGUUGAUUGUGUGUAUCUCUUGAAACUCUAUAUCUUGAUGUUGCUUGGGAAGUUACCUUUGGAUCAUCUUUAUACAAACUAUGUUUCAUCUAACCUCUGGAUCCAUAUGCUUGUCAGGGGUUGUUACUUCCAAGAAGGGGAAGAGGUGAAGAUGGAGAUGAGUGUAGAAAGUGCGUAUCGGAGGUCAAUUCAGACACUGGUGGAUUGGGUAGUUCGUGAAGUAGAUAUGAACAAGACUCGGGUCUUCUUCCGAAGCUAUGCUCCUAUUGUUGAACCUGUGUCUAGAGCUAUUGAAAAACUCAUGGAGAUAAUUAGUGUGCUAAUCAUUAUAAUCACCAACUUUAACAGCGCUGGGGACUGGAAGACUGGUGGUAGGUGUCACCUGGAGACAAUGCCGGACCUGGGUUCAUUACCAGUUUCGUCUGAAACAUUUGGUCAACUAAAAGCUGUUUCUGACGUGGUAUCAGAACAUUUACAGAAGUCAAAUGUAACGCAAAUGGAUGUAUUAAAUGUGACCAGUUUGACAGCACUGAGGAAAGAUGGCCACUUGUCUAUAUAUUAUUUUGGGCCAAACAACGCAAUUGCUCCUCUCCACCGACAAGACUGCAGUCACUGGUGCCUGCCUGGUGUUCCUGAUACAUGGAAUGAGCUUCUGUAUGCACUCUUCCUAAAAGGGGAGUACAAUCGCAUACAAAAUUCAAAUUCAACGCAAUCUGCUCCUGCUCCAGUGUGA